AUGAUGACAAAUACGAUAGUAUUCCAGGAUAUUCUUCAUGAACUUGAUAAUGAUCUUGAAAUAGAAGGAAAAGAAUAUAAUUUAGAUAGUUUCUAUUUAAACUUUAAACAUGAAAGACAAGAGACCGAUCAAAAUCAAUCUCAAUCUCAACCAAUAUUAAUAUCAGAAGAAUCAAUUAUAAAAGAGAAGAAUUUCUUUUUUUUUGACAUACCAAAUUAUCUAUCUCUAUCGAAUAUCACUUUACAAGCAACAUUUCUAUCUGAAUUAUGUAUUUAUUUUAAACCGAUUAAUUUCAAAGAUUUACAACAAUUAUGUAUGUUAACUCUAUCAAAUGUCUAUUAUUCAUUUACAUAA